AUGCCGGCGAAGGAGGAGGACAAGAGUAAGAAGGACAGAGAAAGGAGGAAAAGCAGGGAUAAGGAUCGAGAUAAGGAUCGAGAUAAGGAUCGAGAUAAGGAUCGGGAGAAAGGUCGAGAUAAGGACCGUGAUAAGAAUCGAGGCGAUAAAGAGAAGGAGCGAUCGGAAAGGCACAAGGACAGGAAGCACAAGGAGAGAAGCAAGGAGAAGGAGAAGGAGAAGGAGAAGGAGAAGGAGAAGGAGAAGGAGAAGGAGAAGGAGGAGAGGAAACGUGAGAAGAAGGAUGAAGAGAAAGGGACUGGUUUGGCGGAGGGGGGUAAGGAGGAGGGACAGGAAGGAGCGGGAGGGGAGGAGGGAGAGUUGAAGGAUGAGGGAGCAGCAGGGGAGGCGAAAGAUAGGGGAAGGGAGGAUAAAGACAAGACUAAGGGUAAGGAGAAGGAGAAAGAAAGGGAGGAGAAAGAGAAAUCGAAGGACAAGGAGAGGGACAGGAAGAGAGAUAGGGAGAAGGAGGAGAAGCGGGAGAAGGAAAAAAGCCGAGAUAAGGAGAAGGAGAGGGGAAGGGACAAGGAUAAGCACAAGGAGAAGGAGAAGGAGAAGGAUAAAGAGAAGGCGAAGGAUAAGGAGAAAGAGAAAGGGGACAGAGACAAGAGCAGGGACCGCGAGAAAGAGAGACACAAGGAGAAGGACCGAGGCGCAGUGAAAGAUAAAGACGUGCGGAAGAAAUCGCCCGAAGCGGACCGUCCCUCCCGCCGAAGGCGUUCCCGCAGCCGCUCCCGCUCCCCCCGCCUCCUGCGCUCCCGCUCGCGCUCCGCCUCUCCCGCGCGCGCCGGCGGAAGGCGCGGGGGGGAAUCGCGAUCGCGCUCGAGAUCGCCGAAUCAGGAGGAGCGCGUUCGGCGGGCGCGGGAGGAGAGGGAGCGGGACGCCAUGGAAAGGUCCCCCUCUCCGGGGGAGAAGGCGCGGCGGCGGCGGGAGGAGCGGGAGCGGGAUAGCCUUGAGCGGAGCGGGUCUGAGGGGGAUGGGCGGAGAGGGGGGGCGGCGGGGGGCGGAGGAGAGGGGCAAGAGGUGGGAACGCGCGGGGGAUGGGAGAGGAGGGGAGGGGUGUUGGAAGGAGAAGCGGCUCGUGAUGCUGGGGAUGGGUAUUACGGUGGUGGUGGGGCGUAUGGUGCAGUGGGUGCGGCAGGAGGGGAUGUGGAUAUGUCAGCUGCUGAUGCUUCACUGAGUGGCUACGGUGAAGCCAGUGCUGGUGCUGCUGCUGCUGGUGGUGCUCCUUCUGUGCUGCCCCCUAUCCCGCCUCUGCCGCCGCCUCCCCCGCCCCCCAUUGACCCCGAGGCGGAAAUGAGGAUGAUGCAGAUGAUGGGCAUUCCCAUGGACUUCAACACCACCAAGGGCAAGGAGGUGAAGGGAGCCAAUCAACUGAGUGCUGUGAAGCUGUCCACCAAGAGGCAGCCACGUCAGUACAUGAACAGAAGAGGUGGUUUCAACCCCAUGGCUGCCGCUGCACAGAUCAGCUCAGCUGCUCUCAGGAUCCCAGAGAGGUCCGUCUAUGGUGGCUCGUUCGCCACAUUCUCGGGAUUGUCGGCUGAGAAGACGUUCACCGCUCGCAUGACCGUCAGUGUGCAAGGUCAAACGAGCCACUCGGCUCUGCUAGUGGAGGCCAGGGAGGCAACCCGGAGAGAGAAGGUCAAGAACCGUCACAUGCGGAUCCGCAAAAAGUUGAGCGGAACCACCGAGAGGCCACGCCUCGCUGUGUUCCGCUCCAACAACCACAUUUACGCGCAGGUGGUUGACGACACCAAGCAGCACACUCUCGCCGCCGUGUCCACCCUCACACCUUCCCUUCGCGAGGAGCUGAAACUCACGUCCGGCCCCACUGUGGAGGCGUCGCGGCGUGUGGGUCAGGAGAUUGCCAAGAUCUGCUUGGAGAGGGGAAUCAGCAAGGUGGCCUUUGACCGCGGGGGUUUCGUGUACCACGGCCGCAUUCAGGCUCUUGCGGACGGUGCUCGUGAGGGCGAUAACGUGUUCGAUGGAAGCGCGACGUCCGAGGAGGUCUUUCAGAGCCGCGCGUGCGAGAUCGCUAAAGCUGUUGUGGAUGGCUUCAACGGGACUAUUUUCGCCUACGGUCAGACCAGCAGCGGCAAGACGUUCACCAUGAGAGGCGUGCCUGCGUGCGAAGGCGUCAUCCCGCUCUCCGUCCGUCAGGUCUUCGACACCAUCUCCCAGACAAUGAACCGGGAGUUUCUUUUACGAGUUUCGUACCUCGAAAUUUACAACGAGGAGAUCAACGACCUGCUGGCUCCCGACAACCGAAGGCUUCAGAUUCACGAGAGCUCCGAGGUGCGAGGCGGCUCUUGGGGAUGUGUUGAUUCUGACGGCAUGCCUGUGCCUGUGCCUGUGCCAUAUGCAGCGAAUCGGUCCAUUGGAGAGACGAAGAUGAACGAGAAGAGUAGCCGCUCCCACGCCAUCUUCCGUAUGGUGCUUGAAAGCAGGGAGAUCCCGGAGGAGGGGGCUACAGAGGCUGAAAGUCCUGUUCUCGUCUCCAGUCUGGCCUUCUCUUCCCCUCCUUUUGCGAAGUCUCUCUCUCUUAUUCAUGCGCCCCUCGUGUUCCCCUCCUCGCCACCCCCUCCACCUCAGAAUUUGGUGGACCUUGCCGGGUCAGAAAGGGUGGCGAAGACAGGUGCGGAGGGGUCACGGCUGAAGGAGGGGGCGCACAUUAACAAGAGCCUGAUGACGCUGGGAACGGUGAUCAACAAGCUGAGUGAAGGCGCGGAUAGGAACGGGGCGCACAUCCCGUACAGAGACAGCAAGCUGACGCGCAUCCUGCAGCCAGCGCUGGGUGGCAACACCAAGACAGCCAUCAUCUGCUGCGCCACUCCCGCCCUGAGGCAUGAGGACGAGACGCAUGGCACUCUCCGAUUCGCGCUCAGAGCGAAGUGCAUCACCAAUUGCGCCAAAGUUAACGAGAUCGUCACCAACAACGUGCUCCUCAAGAGGCAGGCAAAGGAGAUUGAGGACCUGCGGCGCAAGCUGGAGGCAUCCCACUCGCCUGAGAUGGAGCAGGAAAUCAUGAAGCUGCGCAACGCCAUGCUCAAGCCCCCUUGUGGGAAGCAUUGGAACAAGCUGGAGGCGUCCCACUCGCCCGAGAUAAAGGUGACCAUUGACUAUGGAUCGGAGAAGGAGGCAAUAGCGCUGCAGCUGCAGGAGGAAAAGCGUGUAAUGGAGUCGGAGAAGGAGGUGAUAGCGCUGCAGCUGCAGGAGGAGAGGGCGGCGCACUCACAGAAGGAGCAGCGCAUCAAGGAGCAGGAGAGGAAGAUUGAGAACCUCAGCACGCUCGUUAUUAAGGCCGCUGCAGGGGACAGGCAGAACGACAGGCGGCCCAAAAAGGGCAAUCGCAGGGAGUCGUGGUGUCCCAACGCACGAGUGGAGAGCAGCCCAGCCGGAAUCAAGGAGAACCAGCCUGGGGGAAUCAAGCGCCUGGCAUUCAUGCGCCGUGCCAUGGCCUUCAAAGAGGACGAUGAGGAAGAGGAGGAGAAGGACGAGAAAGAUGAGAAAGAUGCGAAGCCAGAGAAGGUUCAGGAGGUGAAUGGGGCUGCGAGGAAGAGGCGGAUCAGCAGCGUGCAGAAGCUGGCAGCUCUGUGGGAGACGAAUGGGCCAAAGGAGGUGAAGGAAGAGGAGGAGGAAUCGGACGAGUUUCAGGACAGCCAGUUGUUUCAGAGUGAAGGGCGGUUUGGGUCUGGGGUUUCCCAGGAUGAGAGUGCUCGUGAUGGGUCAAAGAAGAGGCGGGCUGCGCCGGGCUUCGGAGAUAAGGAGAAGGAGUCUUCGCCAGUGGCAAAGAAACCUUUGCGUGGUGUGACCAUCAGCAGCACCCUGUCAGCUCAAUGGAACGAAGGGCAUGCAAAGCAGCUAGCAGAGAAGGACGCGCUUAUAGCGCAGCUGCAAGCACAGGUAGCCGCCAUGCAGGCCAACGCAGGCGGAGGAGGAGGAGGAGGCACAGGAAGAAGCGCAGGAGGCGGAGUGGGUGUUGCAAACGCAGAAGUAGGAGCAGGCCCUGGUGCAGAGACAAGGGGGGAGGCGGGCGAGGGAGGGGAGGAGAAGGAUCAGGAGGCGUGGGGUGCAGGGCCAGGCCAGGAGAGGCGGUCCAAGAGCAUGGGCACCCCGGCUGUGCUGGCGCACGGGCUUCAGGCUAAGGUGGCGGCUCUUGAGAUGGAGAAGGCGUGCAUGCAGAGGGAGCUGGACUAUGUGACACAGCAGGCCAAGUCACAGGCGAGGGAGCAGGCGGAGGAGCAGGCGAGCACCAUGCAGAGGCAACAGCAGCUUCAGGAGGAGCUUGAGGAUUGCAAACGGCAGCUAGAGGAGGCACAGGCAGCUGCGAAGGCAGACACUUCCCCCUGCGACAACUGCAGCGCACUGAAGGAAGCUCUGGAAUCAGCCAACUCCCAGCUGUACGAGACAGAGCAUUUGCUACAGGAAGCCACCGCCGAAGCAGCUCAAGCAAGAUCCGGGCCAGCAGGAGCAGCGGGACAGCUGAUGGAGAAGCAGAGGGAGCUGGAGGCAGCAGUGUGGGAGGCAUCUCAGUUGAAGCGGCGGGUGGAGGAGCUAGAAGCGAAUGUGAUUGCAGUGGAAGGGGUGCUGCUGGAGGUGAGCGGGGAGAAGGACGCCUUGGAGGAGGAGGUUGGCAAGCUGAAAGCACUGCUGGCGGAAGGGAAAGUGGGGACAGGUGGGGACGACACGGCUGGGAAGGGAUGUGAUGUGAGGGGGCUGGAGGAGAUAGAGAGGUUGAGGGAGGCGGUGGAGCAGAGGGAACGGGAGCUGACGUCCCUCCAGGACGCUGUGAGGAGGGUGCAGGCAGAUGUUUCUCAGGCUCUAAGGGAGAGCGUCCCUGCCCCUGCCUCUACUCCUUCCAGCAAUGGCAACAGUCUCGUUGAAGGUCAUGGCAGGGGGCCUGGUGCAGGUGCUGGGAGGGUGGUGGUGGGGGAGAUGAGGGACCUGUGUGCGGCUGUUGGGCGGGUGAUCUCGUCCUUAGCUGCUGCCAGGAGUGAGACGGAGGAUUUGAGUCUUCAGCUGAAGCAGGCGAGGGAGAGUGAGGCGGAAGGCGCAAGAAGGCUAGCAGAGGCUAGAGCUGCAGCAGCAGAGAGCGCCAGGCAGCUGGCUCAGGCUCAGUCGCAGAGGAAGGGAGGAGAGGAGGUGGGAGAGGUGGUAACCAGGCUGCAAGCGGAGUUGGAAGAAGCCGGGAGGGAGCUGGAAAGGGCGGUGGCUGCUCGGGAUACUGUGGAGCUGAACCUGUUGACUGCCAGACGAGAGGCAGAUGCGAGGGCUGCUGAGAGUGCGAGGCAGGUGGGGGUACUAGAGGAGAAGGUGAGGGUGUUGGAAGGGGAGGUUGAGAGGGAGAGGGAGGAGAGAAGGACGUGGGAGGAGCGGGCGGGGGAGAGAGAGGGAGAGGUGCGGAGGGCGGUGGGGGAGAAGAGGGAGGCGGAGGAGAGGCUGGAGGGAGUGAGGAGGGAGGUGGAGGAGAUGGGUGCGAGGGUUGGGGAGAAAGAGAGGGAGCUGGCUGCUGUGCAGGAGGAGCUCAAGCUGGUGCUGAAAGAGAAGGACGAAUCAAGCCAGAGGGCGGACCAGGUGGCAGCAGAGCUGGAGGCGGCAAGGGCCUCAGCAACUGAAGCUCAACUACAGCUCGAGGCGUGCAAACAGCAGCACGCAGAGGAGCUGGCAGAGGCACGCAAGGAGCUACUCGCUACCAAGAAGGAGAUGAGCUCCCUCAAGGGCAAGCCAGGAGCGGUCGAACGAGAGCGGGACCAGCUGAGGAAAGAAGCAGAGAAGCGGAAAACCAAGAUGCUGGAUCUAGAGGCAAAGCUGAAGGCGGUGCUUGCAGAGAAGCUGGGUCUGCAGGUGGAUAAGGCGAACCUGGAGCGCGAGGUGAAGAGCCUGAGGAACCAGAGCAACCAGCUGGCGAGGGAUCUCAGCAAGCGGGAGCAGGUGGAGGAUAAGCGGCGGGAGGUGCAGGCGAAGGCUGUGCAGGCAGACAGGCAGCUGGCGGCUAUGGCGGCGGAGAUUGAAGAGAAGGACAGGGCGAUUGUGGACCUUCAGGCAGCGUUGGAUGGGGCAGAGGGCGAGAGGGACGAGCUGAGGCUGAGGGUGGCGGCAGCGGAGGAGGAGGGGGAGCAGCUGCAGGCAGAGGUGGAUGCGGGACAGGCGGACCUGCAGGAGGUUCUGGCAGACUUUGAGACGGCCACAAGUCAGAUCAAGGCGCUGCAGGAGAUUCGCCAGGAGCUGACGGAGCAGUGUGAGGAGCUGGAGAAGGGCAAGGCGGAGGCAGAGGCAGCUGGGAAGGAGGCAGAGGGGAAGAUAGUGGUGCUGCAGGCGAGGAUUCAGCAGGCAGAGGAGGAAAAGCGGCAGCUGGAGGCAGACAUCGCUGCAGCGAGGAAGGAGCACUCUGAGGUAUGCGCACAGCACCAGGAGGCAGUGCAGGAUCUGGAGAAGGAGAAGGCGAGAGCGACCAAUCUGGAGCACGACCUCAGAGCGGAGAGAGCCAAGAGCGAGCGGCUUGGAAAGCAGGCGGAUGAGGUGGUGGCAAUGGAGAGCAAGCUGAACACAGCGAACGAGAGAAUUGCGGGGCUGCAGAGGCAGGUGCAGGAGCGGGAGGAGCAGGUGGAGCAUCUGAAGCAGGAGAGGAGGGAGGCGGAGGAGGAGGCACGUGCAGAGGGGGAAGGCGCUGCCCUAGCUGUCAAGAGGGAGCUGGCUUCGCUGCAGAACAAGUACAGCGCUCAAAAGGUAUGCUGGAUUGAUGCUCGUGUAGAGGCUGGUCUCAAGAGCAUGCUGUUGGAGGUGGUGGCAGUGCUGAUCAGCGCGCAGGACACCAACAGGAAGCUGGUGAAGGAUCUGGAGGGCGCCAGGCAGAAGCUGGCCGAGGCGGAGAAACAGAGGGAUGAGCUGCAGCAGGUGUUGGAUUUGAAAGAGGAGGCGUGGGAGGAGAGGGAGGAGAAGGAGAAGCGCCUGCAGCAGCUGGAGCUGGACGUGAAGCUGUAUGAGGCAAAUCAGAAGGACUACCUCAUGCAGAUUGAGUCGCUGGAAAAUCAGCUUCAAGCAAAGGAGAACCAGCCACUAGGUUCUUUGACUGUACAAGGUGAUAAAGUUUGUCACAUGAGCAUAGCUGUGGAACCCGAGGAUGGAAGUAACACCAACAGCGGUAGCCCCACUGACGAUGGCGACAGCAGCAGCGAUGAAGAGGACGACGACGGCACCGUCAGCAGCAGCAGAGGAGGAGACACCAAGCCGAAAGGAAAGGGUAAUGAGGGGCGGAUUGGAGUGGAGGAAGGAAAGGUGGAUGUAGCAAAGGGGCCUUCAGAUGUGGAUGAAGGGAUGGGGACAAAGGAAAAGGCUUUUGAGGUGCCUGAAACUAUGAGAGAGAGACGAGAGGGUUUAGAGGCGCCUGAACGAAUGAAAGGGAGCGGAAAGCUGAGAGAAGAUGCGGAGAGGCAGAGCAAGGAGGAGGAAAAGAGGAGAUCGGUGGAGCAGCAGAGGUUGGAGAGGAAGAGGGAGAGGAGGAGAGCGAGAAGAGUGAUGCUGCUGGCUGCCCAGCUGAAAGAGGCGCUGCAGAGGCAAGGGGAGGCGAGACAGGGGGAGGGGAUGGCUGUGCAAGGGGAGGGGAGGCAGGGGGCAAUGGGGGAGGGAGGAGCUAAGGGUGUUUGGGAUGAUGGGGCGGGAGAGGGGAGAGCGAGGGAUGACAAUGAAGGUGAAGGAGUGUCGGGUGAGGCAAGUAGGGAGGGACAGGAGGGAAAGAUGGGCGAAGGGGAGAGAAGGAUGGGAGAAGGGGAGAGAGGGAUGGGUGAUGGGGAGAGAGAUACGAGCGAAGGGGAGAGUGAUACUAGCAAGGAGUUGGAAGCGGUGAAGAUGGAAUAUGGGGGAGGAGAAGUGCGGAAGGUGGAAGGAGCAGGAGGGAGUCUAGAUGUGGAAGAGUUGAAAGCGGUUGAUUUGGGGCAGGUGGCGUUGCUACUGGGGGCUAUUGAAGGGCUCAAGGAGGUUCGGGAUCUGCCGAAGCUGAUGAGCUGGCUCGGUGGCGUAUCACAGGUGGAAGGUGGGGAGGCUGGUCGUGCUGAGGUGGAUGAGGCCCGUGAUGACGUGUCACUGGGCAGUGCUGAGGUGUCGCAGGUGCUGUAUGAGCUGGCGAUUGCGGAGGAGAGCGAGAAAGCACUGGCACUGCUGAAAUGGAUGGAGGAGAGGAGGGAGAGGGAGUGGGAGGGGAUGAGUACAGAUCAACGGAGAAAGAUGGUACAGGAGGAGAGAGCAAGGGAGGAGAGAGCAAGGGAGGCGAGAAAACUUGAAAGAGAGAUGCAACUUGGGGGAGAGGGAGUCGAGAGGAGGAAGGCAAGUGGGAGAGAGGGAGAGGAUGGGGUGUUAGAAGACGAGACUAAAGGAGGGGCGGCAGUUGAGCUGGGUUUUGAGGCACCGGAAGAGGGUCAAGAGGGAGAGCUCACCUUCUCCUUCCUGAUCCGCGCGCUGCUGCAAGAGGGGGAGCUGAAGCGAGCACCUCGCGUGCUGCGCGAGAGGAUGCCGCGCAGAAACGUGGUCCCUCGCCUUGAGGACGUGCAUGCAGUCAUGAAGGCCUUGUUGGGGCAAGGCGGGGACGCGGGAGUGGCGGAGGCGAUGAGGAUCAUGAAUGAGAUUCUGGGAGUGAAGGGGGAGGGGUGGAGGAGGGAGAGUACCUUACAGAAGGUCGAACCGAACGAGGUGAAGCAUUUUGCUGUGUGCAGCGUGCUCAAUGCUCAUCCUAAGUAUGCUCACACGCGUCCCUCUCUCGGUAUGCUCGCACGCGUCCCUCUCUCGGUAUGCUCACACGCGUCCCUCUCUCGGUUUGCUCGCACGCGUCCCUCUCUCGGUAUACUCACACGCAUCCCUCUCUCGGUAUGCUCACACGCGUCCCUCUCUCGGUAUGCUCGCACGCGUCCCUCUCUCGGUAUGCUCACACGCGUCCCUCUCUCGGUAUGCUCACACGCGUCCCUCUCUGGGUAUGCUCACACGCGUCCCUCUCUGGGUAUGCUCACACGCGUCCCUCUCUCGGUAUGCUCACACGCGUCCCUCUCUCGGUAUGCUCACACGCGUCCCUCUCUGGGUAUGCUCACACGCGUCCCUCUCUCGAUCGCCAUCCCUCACAGUGGCGAGUCGUACGCGCAGCUGAUCAUGGGGUAUGCACGGGCGGGCAUGUGGAGCGAGAUGGCGAUCCCUCACAGCGGCGAGUCGUAUGCGCAGCUGAUCAUGGGGUAUGCACGGGCGGGCAUGUGGAGCAAGGUGGAUGCUUUAGUGGCUGAGAUGGAAGAGCAGAGCAGCAGAACCAACGCCCCUGCCGCUCGGGACAGUCUGGCGGUGUGCAAUGCGCUGAUGAUGGCGUAUGGGAGGGCGGGCAGGAUGGAGCAGAUGGAAAUGGUGGUGAAUCGGCUCCGGGUGCUGUCGCCAGAUGGCACGCUGCGAUUGGAGUCGUACAACACUCUCCUGGAGGCAGCAGCGAUGGCGGAUGUGGCGCGGGUGGUGAUGGAGAUUGAGGGGGCUGGACUCCGCCUCUCCAUGCGCUCCUAUGCUGCUGUUAUGCAAGCUCUGGGUUUAGCAGGGCACUUCGACCAGGUGAAAGGACUGGUGGCAACAGCACGCGCGCAAGGCCUCUCAUUCUCUCCCCCGGUCUACCGCAUGCUCAUAGACGUAUUGGGGAGGGGGGGACGACUGGGGGAGGCACUACUGGUGCUGGAGGAACUGAAGAGGGUGCAUCCGGGGCAUGGCAACCUGUCGGCUUAUAACACUCUGCUGCUGGCCCUCCAAGACGCCCAUCCAGAGCACAUGUUUGCAGUGCUAGCACUCAUGGCAUCACAGCGCGUGCUGCCCAAUCGCAACAGCCUGGGUGCCAUGCUGGCAGCGUGCGAGGCUGCCAACUCGCCACGUGGCGCUGCCAGGGUGUACCUCAGCGUGGUUGACACUUGGCGCGACGGGAUUGGCCGCGAGGGAGGUGGUGGGGAGGAGUGGGAGGGAGAGGAUGGGGAGGGAGUGGGGGUGGUAGAUGCGAUUCUCCGGGCUGUGGAAAGCUUUGGGCAGGCAGUGAAGGUGCUGGAAGGGCUCCUGGCCAAUGGGAUCGUGCCAUCUGUCAAGUGCUACAGUGAUGUGAUCCACUCUGUGUUCUGGGGCGUGGGGUUGCAGGUGCUGGCGGCUGCAGGGGAGGAGGAGAGGCUGGAGAAGAUCAAAGGGCUGGUGGGGCCUGAUAAGAGCAAUGAGAACGAUAAGAGUGAUCAGCAUUAUGGUCAAGCCCUUCCCUACACCUACUCCAGUGACCUCCUCCUCCUCUCCUCCCUCCUCUCUAUCCAAAUCGACCGGGGGAAUUUCGACGAGGCAUUGCACACCGCGCAGUUCAUAGUCAACGAGCGCCUAGACGAGUACCUCUAUAACGAGUACAUGGAGGAGGACAAUCGAAACAGGGAUGUCAGGGGAGAUUCCUACAGAGGGAUUCAGGGAGGGAGUGUGCUGCGGAGGGCCGAUCCGGCCUUUUUCCCUCUGGUGAUCGGGUUUUUCCGGCUGGCGAGGCUGAUUCCGGUGGUGGAGGGGCGGACGAAGCAGCAUCUGUCGGUGCUGCUGCUGCUGCUCAUGUCGCAGGCUGUGCGGUGUGGGGCCCCGCCGCUGGUGUCGGGGUUUCUGGUUUCUGCGUGGGCUAAGGCGAAUCAGGAGGAAGGGGAGUCUCCUGUUGAAAAGAAGGGGUUUGGAGGCGUGAGGAGGCCGAAACAGGUGGGGAGGGAGGAGGGGGAAAGGGUGUAUUUCGGGUCGAAGCAAGCAGGAGGGGUGGAGGGGUCGGGGAGUGAGGGAGAGGGAGAAUGGGUGCUGUUGGCCUCUAUGGAAUGGGAGGGUAGCAAUGGCAGUGGCAACGAGGGUAGUGAUGGGAUUGAGGAGGAUACCAGCAGCAGCAGUUCCGCUAGACGACCACGUGCUGACGUGGAUUCAGACACCGCUGACGUGGACCCCAGCACUGCUGACGUGGCAGACAAGAAAACCUCCAGCAAGGAAGACGCUGUCCUGGACGAGCUCGUUGACGACAUUGACAACAACGCGGACCCUGCAUUCAUGCACGUCCCGCCGCGCAUCCUCGUCGAAUUCCGCUCAUUCCUCACCCUCCCACCCUGCCCCAUCGAAUCUUCCCGUGCCGUUGCCAACGCCAUCAUCGAUACGGCCUACUCCCUGCAUCUCACUCAAGCGGCUGUGGAUUUUUUCUAUGCGGCAAACGAGGCUCGGAUGUUCCCGGACCUGUUCCGAGUGGAACGGGAUUCGCUGGUGCUGUCGCUCAGGCUCGUGUCACCGGCCGGGGCUGAGUUGAUAACUGCUGGGUUCUUCUGCCUCUGGUGCGAGCAAUCUGGACCGUUGCUGUCGUUGAUCUUGCGUCAGACCGGUCUGGAUUCUCUAGACGAUUUCCGGCUCGCUGAGGGUUUAAGGGACCCGAUUCCGGGGUUUAGGGAUCCUAUGGGAGGGACGGGUGUGGGGCUGGGUUUGGAUCCCGAGUUUGAAAUUGUUGAGAAUUUGUUGGAAAUGGGGCGGGCGAUUGGGGGAGGACGUGGGAGGAUGGGUGAGGGGGGUGGUCAAGUGAAGGAGGUGAGGAUUGAGAUUCCCGGGGAGGAUGAGAGGGUUGCCGCCAUGGCAGCCGUUACAUCUCAAGUAGCCCUUCCCGCAGCCUACACAGCCGCGCCCGCCGCCCGCGCUACAGCGUGCUCCGCGCGCGUUUCCCUCCGCACCCCUUCCUUCUCCGCGCAAGCCCUUCCCGCGGUGCGCGCAUUCCCCGCGCGGGCGGAGCGCGUCGUCGCCCCGCGCGCAGCGGUGGCGGAGGUGGGUAGCGAGGCGGCGGCGGAGGAACCUAAGAAAGUGAAGGUGCUGUCCGUCAAGGAGGGCAAGCAACGGCUGCUCCUUAAAUUCGUCUGGCUCGAGAAGAACAUUGGGAUUGCCGUUGACCAGAUGAUUCCCGGGCAGGGCACUGUGCCGGUCAGCUCGUACAUGUUUUGGCCGCGCAAGGACGCUUGGGAGGAGUUGAGGGAGCUGCUGGAGAGCAAGCCGUGGCUGUCGCGCAAGCGGGUGAUUAUUCUGCUCAACCAGGCCACUGAUAUCAUCAACCUCUGGCAGCAAACCACCUUCAAGCCUUGA